AUGUCGACUACGUUCUCAUCUCUCCCUAUUGUUGAUCUGUCUCCUCUUCAGAACCCUACUGGGUUAUCGGAGUCUGAUCGAGUGACUCUCAGCGCCAAGCUCUACGAUGUAUUUGCUACAACAGGCUUUGCAUACCUGGUCAACGCGCCAUUGACCUUCAAGCAUGCCGAAGUUUUUGGUUUGGCGUUGGAGUUUUUCAAUCUCCCGCUUGAAGAGAAGAUGAAGUUGGCGAAGAAGACCUUCAAGCCGGAGAAUCAGAAUACGUAUAGAGGGUACUUUCCCGUCCAGCCCAACGAUGCAUCAGAUAAUCUCAAAGAAGGCUUCGAAAUGGGUCCUACACAGCCAAUCCCUUCAAGUCCAACUACCGGAAAUUCUCGCUUCAACCUAACAGAAUUAAACAUCUGGCCUGAAUCAACCGCAUACACAUCCCGUGCGCGUCUAGAACAACUCUACUCCGAACUACAAUCCCUCUCCUCCACCAUCUUGAGUCUACUAGCCACAUCACUCAACAAACCCUCUGACUUUUUCACCCCCUACCUCACAGACUCCCUAAGCACACUUCGCCUUCUACAUUACCCCCCUCCCCCACCAACAAAUACCACAUCACAAACAUACACUAAAGCAUCAACACCACCUCGAGAACCCUCUACUGCAAUAAAAGUAAGCUGUACCCCUCACACAGACUCCGGUAUCUUGACCCUGCUCCAUCAAGACUCAACCGGCGGCCUCGAAGUACAAGACUCAUCCGGCAAAUGGGUCGCAGCGCCGUACGUACCUGAAUCCAUAGUCAUGAACAUAGGUGAUUUGAUGGCUAUGGUUUCGGGUGGAAGAUUUGUGGCUACUAUGCAUCGUGUGCAUGCUCCUACUCCUCUUGCGCCAGCAAAAGCAAACCAUAAAGGUGUUGUGGGGGAGGAGGAUGAGGAAGGCUCAGUGCCAAAGUUCGGACGGUUUAGUGUACCCUUCUUCUUCGAGCCGGGCGAAAAAUGUCUUGUACAGUCUGUCGAUGCUACCAGUGACACGGACGGAGUUGUUUAUGGGGAUCAUGUUCGGGCGAAGAUGGAGAGUUUUGUCGAGUACAAACGAAAUCGAAUCUAA